GGGCAGCUGCCACCGGGGAGCUUGCGCAGUGAAGCCGCCCGCCCUUUCCGCCCUGCCCGCCUCCCCUCUUGCCCCGAUGGCGGCGGGCGGCCCGGAGGCGGCCCAGCAGCAAAUUGAUGAAAUUGAAGCCCUGUCAUCCAUAUAUGGUGAAGACUGGUGUGUGGUUGAUGAAGAUGAAAAAAUCUAUUGCAUUAAGAUUAGUGACUGUCUGGACCAGCCAAAAUGGACGCUCUGUCUGCAGGUGAUUUUGCCUCCAGGAUAUCCAACUGCAGAGCCACCUAUUUAUCAGCUAAAUGCUCCUUGGCUUCGAGGAGAGGAGUACACAGAACUAGCAAAUAGCUUGGAAGAAAUAUAUAUACAGAACCUUGGUGAAAGUAUUCUUUAUUUAUGGGUGGAGAAGAUACGGGAAGUUCUGGUAGAAAAGGCACAGUCAGCGGAUCCAGAACCAGAUAUUAAGAAAACCAGUGAAGAAGUUGACGAAGAUAAUGGAGAUGAUUUUCUCAUAGACUAUCAGCCUGUUCAGGAAGAUCCAGUUAAAUUGUUAAAUUAUAUCACCUCUGAAAGUCAAGAAGUAGAUGAAGAGCUGCCAUCCAUACAUCAUGGAAACCCACUCACAGAUAGGAGGAGUACUUUCCAGGCACAUCUGGCUCCUGUGGUGACAACCAGACAAGUUAGUAGAGAUCAAGCCUACUCUUUUUGUCUGUACUUUGAGAUUGACAAGGUAAAGAGAGUUCUUGAAAAAUUAUAUGAGAAUAAGAAAAUUGCAAGUGCCACCCACAACAUAUAUGCAUACAGAAUAUACUGCGAAGAUAAGCAGACAUUCUUACAAGACUGUGAAGAUGAUGGGGAAACAGCAGCAGGUGGACGUCUUCUUCAUCUUAUGCAGGUGAUUGCUUACUCAGAAGUCAGAGAACAGACUGUUGUAUACAUGUAAUGAAUUGGAUUUUCCAAGUCUUGGAUCAUAAAGAUUCCUAUGCUUCCUAUAUGGUGUAAGAUGGAUAGAAAAUGAAGACUGGAAUAAGCUGAUUGACACAACCUUUACUUCAGUUUCCUUGAAUAUUUGUAACGUAAAAAGACACUUCUAUUUGAACUUGCAGAGUAAGGCUUCAAAUGCAAAAGGGAAUGGGAGUGAAGCAGUUAAGUUGUUCUAACCAUUGUAUGUAUUUCUUUGUGCUAUUUCCAGGUCUGACUCUUUAGCCCUCGUAUUUGCAUAUAUUUUAGUUUUCAGAUGUGGAACUAAUAUUCCCUCUACAAAGUUACUACUAAAUGUACAUUGAUAAAUUUUGAUUAGCUGGCAUGAUAGAGCCCCUUGUAAAGCCAUAAGUAAAAUACCAUAACUACAGGGAACAGCUGGAUACAGUUUAUGCCUCAAGUCAAUUAACUAUAUCAGAACACUAAUUACUGUUUUUCAUUUUGAUUUUCGAUUCAUAUCACCUUCAGAACAAAGGUUUUCUUUUCCCAUCCUUUGCUUGCUUGUAUAUUCUGUCAUUUAAUGUGCUGUACUCUUAUUACUGGAGACUGUUUUAAAGUUGUUGUGUGGUGGGUUUUUUGCUUUUUUGUUUUGUUUCGUUUUAAAUUUCAGAGAUUUCUUUAUUCAGGAAGAAACAUUAUAAUUGUAAAUAUUUUAGCACUUUUCAUUUAGAACUUUUUGAAAAUUCCUAAGUAACUCAAACUUGACUUGGGAAGGAAAACUUAAUUUAUAUAAUAUAUGCAAGUAUAUGUGGUAAGUGUGAAAAUACUAGUGUAGUCAUAGUAAUGUAAAGAAUAUCUUUGCAGUUACUGUACCUCAAUUUACUCUGAGCUUAUCAACUCUUUUUCAGUAUAUUAAUGUAAACUCUUGAAAGGUGCCAGAUUUACUGUGUCUGCUUAAUGGUCCAUAAAAAUCCAGUUUAGAAAAUGACAUGAAAUUUCACCUUUCAAAUGUGAACUGAUAGUAGUUAUUACUGGGAAUACUUUUGUUUUGGAAUUAUGAUUCUGCAGAGAUCAGAAAAGUGCAAUUUUCACUCCUGGGAAAAAUUGAAGUAGUUUAAAGACUAAUUUCUAGUUGUUCAUAUAGUUCUCUUAAUUCUUCUCUCGCAGACACUUAAGACACAUGAUAUGGGCAUGAAAAUCAGGUGGUUUAAUACAGUUAUUGUUGUUGUAGUUAUAGUUCUUCUUUUGCAAUAGAAAUCUUAUCUUGUUUCAGAUAAACCUAGCACUUUAGUCAAGAUAGCACUUUCCGGUUACAAGAAACAGUAUUUUAGAUUAAUACUUUUGAACUCAAAGUUAGAGUUAAAAAUUUCCUAACUGUUUGACAUCCUGUUUACUCUGAACAGUUGCUAUAAAUUGACUUUAUGGAUGAUGUGUAAAUGUAGAGUAGAAAAUGCCCCUCAGAAAAACUGCCCUUCCUUUGCGUUUUUUUUUUUUACAUUAUCCCUUAAACUUUAAAAUUCUAAUAAUGUUUCUGUUUUCACAAAGGUAGAGUCUUCUAAGAGGAUUUUUCAAAUUAGUCAUAUACGUACAUACAUACAUAUAUAUAUAUAUUUUUUUUUUCUUCCUUAAUGGAGAUGAUGAAUGGUUGUUAACCUGUUUUAUAGAUAACUGGCUCUUAAGGUGUUUUCCUCACCUUCCACUUCACCAGAUCACCCUCUGUCUUGCAGACCACAGUGCUUUCGCUCAGCCUUAUGCAAAUAAAGCUGUUCUUGCUGUGUCUGGCCAUCUGUAUGCACUAGUGGAGUACUGCACAGGACUUGAGAGUAAGCUGUUUGUGAGCGAAAAUCUUUCACAGAUAUUUUAGAUGCUUUAGUUUGAGGAACAAAUUCGGGGUCAUGGUCACAAACCAUGUCAAAAAAGCCCACUUGUGAUUGUCACUACAUGUUUUCAUGUAGUAAUGUAUUUCUUAUAUUUUGGCAAAAUGUGUGUGUGUGACAUUUAGUCAGCUGGAAUCACUGUAUUACUAGCAUUUGCUGCUGCUGGAGAUCUUCUUGAGGGUAGAAUUGCUGUAAGGCAGAAUAAAUGCUGGUUUUCGAGUCUAGUCAAGCCACAUUUAGCUGUCAAAAAUAAAGCUGUUGAAGGUCUGUGUUUCUUGCCUUUAAUUGCAAUAAAGGAAGUCAUUGCUUCUGUUUAACUCUCUCCUUGACUUUGUUGCCGAUAGUCUUAAAAACACUAUGUAAGAGUUAUUUAGUUCCUUUCCGUUUCCUCCUUUGCUAAUACAAUUAUUUCACGUUGUUGAACUUUAUAUAUGCCUUUUGGAAUUCAGAAAGGAACUGCUCGGUUGUAAGGGAUGCUAACUCAGACCAAGAAAAUACAGAUGUUUUUCUGUGUUAUCCAAGAGUUGUUGCUAAGUCCUGCACUUGGUAACAGUAGUAGAUUAUUCCACAAAAUCAUAGAAUAUCCUGAGUUGGAAGGGACACAAAGAUCAUCAAGUCCAGCUCCUGGUAUUAUGGCAUUUUAGGUAUCCAUAUGAACCAUGCC